AUGUAGUGGAGUAAAAGGUCAUACUGAAAUGUUGUGGAUUAGAAAUAUAACGUAUUUAGAUAUUUGAAUAAAAUACAUGCAGUGUGUAAGUAUGAUACUCGCAGCAAAAUGUGACCAUCUUCAUCGUGUGAAGCCUGAUGUUGUAAGCCGUGUGUUCCGGCUGUGAGUGGUCCCUCCGGGUGGGGGCGACGUGGAGCCACUUUCUCCUCCACAAAGAACGUAAAGAAGCUGAUGAGAAGGAAAAAAAGAGAAAGACGGAGAACUUGCCUCCAAUUGUCCGAGUCCGGCGUCGUGGAAAGAGCUACUUUAAACCCAAAGAAACAGCGCUGACCGGCGAUCUGCGCUGGUACCGAUGUAGAAGGACGUUGUUCAGUUUUGCAUUGUUUUUUGGGAGUGGGGUUGGGGGGGGGAGGUGAAUUCAAAGUAUCCACUGAAGAUGCGCAAGAACCUGUUUACAAGGAAAACCCUGCUGAAGUUUCAUUCCGAGGGAGCGCGGAGCAGGCUCACAAUGCACAGAGAUCCCGCACCUCCUCCCCCCCGCUCCCCUCCACGCCGGACCUAAAGACCUCCACACCGGGGACCGCUUCUCGGCGAGGAGCGUCCGACGCCCCGCGAGGCUGCAGUGCUGUUUCUGAGGAUUAAAAACAACGACGGGGCCGGCUUUUGUUUGGUUUUUGGAGGAGCCCUUUUGGUGAAACCAGUUUUUUUUUGUGCUUCAACCUGUUGUGUUUGUGAUGUGAAAGGAGGAAGAGAGUAUUUCUGUUGUGAGGUUAAUGUGUCAUGGAGCAUUGGUAGCUUGACCUUAUUGUUGGGCAGCAGGACAAUAGACUGAUGGCCUCAAUGGGCUGAGGAUGCAAGACCCACUGGAGUAUCAACAUGUCUGUGAAAGCCAAAGCAAUCUACACUUUUCUGAGUGAAAACAAAGAGGAGAUCAGCAUCCAGGAGAAGGAGGAGCUGGUCAUCUUCGACCAGAACUCGGUGGACGGCUGGUUUCAGGGGGAGAACAGCCGCGGGGAGAGGGGCCUCUUCCCCGCGUCCUACGUGGAGAUUCUUCGCACACGCUCAAACUCGAACGUGACCGACUGCUCCAUCAGCCCGGCGGGAUCCCUGGGAAACGACUCCUCCUAUUUCCCCUCGACGCCGAACACCUCGCUGCACUUGCAGCAGAGUUACAACCACGACGACGAUGACGACGACGACGACUGGGAUGACUGGGACGACAGGUCGACAGUGGUGGACGACGGGGACCGCCCCGGGGCCAACGGGCAUGCCCAUCAGAGCCCCCUGUCCAACAACCCAAAUGUGCACUACCGGGCCAAGCCCUACAUGGAGAGACAGGACAGCAUCUCCAGCUCGAGGAAGGGCAGCAUGGUGGGCAGGAACUUGAACAGGUUCUCCAGCUUUGUCCGCUCAGGGGUGGAGGCCUUCGUGCUGGGCGACGUGCCCAUGAUGGCAAAGAUCGCGGAGUCGUACACCAUCGAGAUGGGCCCCCUGGGGCCCCUGUGGAAGGAGAGCCCGCAGCCGUUCUCCUGCUCCAUCGAGGACCCCACGAAACAGACCAAGUUCAAAGGCAUCAAGACGUACAUCUCGUACCGGGUCACGCCGAGUCACACGGGGAAUCCUGUCUACAGGCGCUACAAACAUUUCGACUGGCUCUACAACCGCCUGCUGCACAAGUUCACUGUGAUCUCCGUGCCUCACCUGCCCGAGAAGCAGGCCACGGGGCGAUUUGAGGAAGACUUCAUCGAAAAGCGCAAGAGGCGACUGGUACUGUGGAUGAACCACAUGACCAGCCACCCGGUCCUCUCCCAGUAUGAGGGCUUUGAGCACUUUCUGAUGUGCGGCGACGACAAGCAGUGGAAGCUCGGCAAGAGGCGGGCGGAGAAGGACGAGAUGGUGGGAGCCCAUUUCAUGUUGACCCUGCAGAUCCCCACCGAGCACCAGGACCUUCAGGAUGUGGAGGAGCGCAUCGACACCUUCAAGUUCUUCGCCAAGAAGAUGGACGACAGCGUGAUGCAGCUCACGCACGUCGCCUCGGAGCUGGUGCGCAAGCACCUGGGCGGGUUCAGGAAGGAGUUCCAGCGGCUGGGAAAUUCUUUCCAGUCCGUGAGCCAGGCGUUCAUGCUUGAUCCUCCCCAAAGUUCAGAGGCCCUCAACAAAGCCAUCUCCCAUACCGGCCGCACCUACGAGAACAUUGGAGAGAUGUUCGCGGAGCAACCCAAGUACGACCUCUUCCUCAUGCUGGACAAGCUGUCGCUCUACCAAGGCCUGCUCGCCAACUUCCCCGACAUCAUUCAUCUACAGAAAGGUGCCUUCGCCAAGGUGAAGGAGAGCCAGCGGAUGAGCGACGAAGGGAAGAUGGACCAGGACGAGGCCGACGGCAUCAGGAAACGCUGCCGGACGGUCGGCUUCGCCCUGCAGGCCGAGAUGAGCCACUUCCACCGGCAGAGAGAGGUGGACUUCAAAGACAUGAUGCAGGCCUACCUCACGGAGCAGAUCGCCUUCUACCAGCGCGUCGUCCAGCAGCUGGAGCGCACACUUCGCAUGUACGACUGUCUGUGAAGACACAGGGACUGCUGCCCGGUUCUAGAUGCCAAAAACGCACACACGGACGAGAAGGGAAGGCCCGAGGCUUGACUCUUUCACAGAGGCGCUACGUGUUCGGCAUGUCUGGUCCAGAUGGGAAAGACGUGGAGAUAAAUUGAGCAAUAGUUUGCGGAAAGAGGUACAAAAACAGUCUUUUACUUUGAUGGAUUCAAAUGGACUUUUUGUUUUCCAAGACCUACUACUUUUUAUUCCUGAAAUACUCAUCACAUAGACAAUGGCACAGCAUAUUGUUUAUUUUACAUCAUUUAAGGUGUUUGUAACAUUGAGAUCGAGAUUCAUAGCGAAUCAGUAGCUGAUUGUUGUAAAGUGUAAUACCACGAAACGGGUUCUGCUCCCAAAGUGUCCCCUUCUCGGCAACAUCAUGCACCCCCCCCCACCCCAACCCACCACCCUCCCUCUAUCCCUCCCUCAUAAUCUGGUGAACAAUCCACUCACUGAUUUAUCUCCUUGAACCUUGAAAAGAUCGUAUCUCUGGCCAAACAAGUACACUGCAUACAUGGAAUUGUGCUGAGUGGCCUGAUUGGGUUUUUCCUGAUUUGAAACUGGUAUUGUAUUCAAGUCACACUUUUCUGUCUUAACAUUGCACCAUGUAGAAGACAAAAAUCAACUUUGUUUUCUUGCUUUUAACGCAUUUAAAGUGCCUUUUAAGGAUGUGAUGGAAUAUUUGUAAAUGGGCCGUUUGUCUGUCUAAUGGCUCGAGUCUUAUUGAGGGGAAUUAUUACAUUUAAGUUGUAUUUAGAAACAAGUUUGCACAUGUUUUUAUACACUAGUGUGUGUGUGUGUGUGUGUUUGUGUGUGUGUGUUUGUGUGUGUGGAGAGGGGCGGGGGGGGGUUAUGAGUGGGUGAGCGAGUGAAAUGAGUCAACUACUGCUCUGAUCGAUCCCCUUAUUCACGGUUGAAAACAAUAUAUAUUAUUUUUAUGUUGCAGCAGGUUGAUUUAAACAACCAUCAUGAAAUUGAAAGUCAUAAAGCUGAAUUGUAUUGAGUGGUUUCGGGAGGCGGAACAUCAACAUUCAUGUAGUCUGUCUGGGUGAAGAAGCAGCAUGAUGUGCUUUUCAUGUCAAGUAUUUUAAAACAACAUCUAAUGCACAAAUAAAACCACAUGAUAUCAUUGCAAUCAUCUGUAGCCCUCUAAUAACUAAAAUACUUUAGUUUUCUUGGGUUUCGUUCAAUUGUUUCGUCCGUUGAUUACAAAGCUGCAGCUAGCGGAUGUUAGCUUAGCAUGAAGCCAAGUGGGCAGCAGCUAGCCUAGCUCACGCCAAAGCUGAUCUAAUACUCACUCAUUUAAAAUGCAGAUUGUAAAAACUUCAAUUUGGCUUUUCUUGCCGGUUUAACACCCAGUGAAACUGUUUUCAAACAGGAGUCAAAAAAUGAAGUUUUUUGUGUUUGGUGUUAGUUAGCCGUGGACAGAGCGAGCUUCCCCCCCCCCUUUCCAGGCAUUACGCUAAGCUAUGCUAACAGGCUGCCAAGACAGAAAGCAAAAGGGAACAGCUUCCAAAAUGUAGAAGUAUUCCUUUAUUAAAACGACCUUAAUGCUCUCCUUCCAGCUGUGACCACAGUGACGUGUCGCUUUUAACAUUUUAAUACUCACAUUUAGUGACUGAGAUUGAAGUGACUCUGAGGAUCAGCGUCCUUCUCUUCACUGCUUGAAAGAGAUGUUUACAAGCAAACCAGUUACAUUACUCAUUCGGUUUAACAAGAGAAAAACUAAAUUCGUGGCAACUUGCGGUUUGAUGAGACCCGUAAGCAUUACUUACAAUUACACCAAGAAGUGCGUCGCCUGGAGGCGGUGUGGACUUGUCGGCUGUGGGACACUGAUUUGGAUGUAGAUGAUUUGUGAGAGUCAAAAUAAGAAGUUAGACGGUUCUCUUCCAAGCAAGAAAAGUGCUGGUACGGUGCAGCGUUCUCAUUAAACAAAUAGUCUGUGUGCGUGACUCAGAUAUGAGUCUCAGUUACUGUUCAGGCCACACGUGCAGACUCUUUGCCGUCUACAUGUGGUGUUGUUUGUGUUUACUUUUGAACAUUAUUUUUGCUCUUCAUACAUCAGCAAUUUUUCUUUCCUGUCAGCAUUUGCACUCGUCGCAGUUUCUCCGAGACCAAAGAACUCAGACAUUUUAAACUGGGCUGUUUAGGUGAAUGGAAAUUGGUGUUGUGGUCUCUGGUUUUGCAAUUGAAUCUGUUCCUUGGGAAAAAUGAGAAGGGCGCAUUUGGAGAAAGAAAAAAAAAAACACAUUCCACAGCGAAGCCGUAACGGACACCAAAUGAGAAGACGGAUUCUGGGCCAAUGAAAGAGAUGUAGGUGCAAAAGAAGACAUUCGAAAAGGUGCUCAAUUCGGUUCCAUAACGACACUUCUAUGUCGCGCCCCAAAGCUGCAUGACAGGUUGAAUGCCAGGCAUUUCACACAGGUGAUCAUUGACGUGUGUGUGUGUGACAGGGGACGUUGGAGGAACUCUAGGCGUCAGUUUCAGUCUCUGAAAAAACAGAUGGCGACUUUCCGUAAGUCAAAUGUCACUUGAGGGGGAAGGGGACCUAAACUGUUAAUAAAAGUCAAUGAGGUUGA